UGCAGAGAAAUCUGUCGUUUUCCGCAAGCUCUUUCUCGCUGCUCCUUCGCAGGGGCCACAGAGGAAGCGUACACUGUCAGUACCUGUAUCCUUGCAGAUUUAGGUUCUCCCUCUCCCGCGCUACGGUGCCCUUUUAGGCCGUGCUCCUCGCCGCGGGGGCGUUCUGAAAGCACUUCCUCCUUCCCCGGAAAGAGUCCGCCGCGCAUUUCCUUUUUUGUGCCGUCCUGGCGGAACUCCAUGCUCCUGGCGUCACUUUGGGCUCCCAGAAGGCGGCUGUUUUUGGCAUACGAGUGGCGAGAAAACACCCUUUCGUGCUCUAACGGUCCUGGCUUCUAUGGAAGCCACUCGAGUUGGUGCCAGCUUCACGUCAGGUGCCAGCCCAGGGGCGUGGGGUAGACAGAAACAGCUCUUGGUGGCGAGUAGCAGCGUUCUUGGCCACUAUCGAGCUUAAAUAGAAGGGAAUUUCUCUACAAUUUCGAUCCCUUUUGGACUAAAGCCGAGACACCCUUCGUCUACAUCGUCUUGACUACUGGGUGGCCCACCGCGCGAGUCUAUUGUGCCACUCAGUUCUUGCUUUCACCCUCCUCAGGUCGUGCGACAGUCCGGCGGCAAAAUAGGCCAUGUGCACCAGAAGGCUACAGCACUUUCGGGCGGGAUCCGAUUUGUCUUUCGCAGAUCAUCGGUACUGGUGUCUCCUAGACUGAAACAGCUAUUUGUUCUCCCGACUUCCGCGGGUGUCGGCCAAGCCCUGCGGAACCAGCCAAGCGGUACGCUUAGGGCUUCCGGGCACUCCCUAGGUGAUUAGCGGGAAAUAGUAGAGAAGCGCUCUGGGCAAGAGAAUGCGAUUUUGUUGGAGAAAUUUAACUGGAAUGUCGAGCGGCAAGCGUCUCUAGCACAGCCUCCGAGGAUCUUUCGCGUGUCAGAGCUCGACGCAUCUGCGAGAGAGAGUCCGUUCCGUUCGAGCCUGGCAUGGUUCACCUGGAGUCCUAACGGUAGCACGGGAGUCCUACUGUCACUAAGUCCUGCCGUGUAUUUCUUUUCUAUCUGAAGAGAGAUUUACGCGGCAUGCGAACAGUUGAGAGGCUGUUUUCGCCACAGGCUGAGAGCGACCUAGUGUACGUGAACGCAGCGCGUGACAAAUUCGAGACAGAGGUGUCUGGACCUUUUGACUUUUCCUCGAGGUUUUCCAUCCUUAUGGCUAAGUUGCUCCAAGUUCCGCUCGACGGAUGAGGAGGUACAUGGACACCAACUUCAAACCCCGGAACCAGGUUGUUCUGGUGUACACGGGGCUCAUGCUAGGUGGUGAGCUUGACUGCUCUACACAUUUUUUCGUUUCCUCGCCCCGUACCAACCACUUUUCGUGAAGUGAGCGCUUGCCGUUCUCUCUGCGAUAAAACGGACCGCUUUGCAAGCCCAUAAGUCUCGAGUCCGGUUCAGAGAGCUCCCUGUGCAGACUGUACAACCGGAUACGUCCGAACCGUCAGGCGGCGCCGGAGACAGUAGUCUUUCUGUGGCGAAGCCUUUUCCCACGUUUGCGGCACAUUUGGCGCAGCCCCAUACUCCCGUUCAGGACCCGCUGGAAGAAAUGGAGGAGGCAGAACUGGCAGUUUCCAGAGCCCCAGACGCGAACUUCUUGCAGGGAGACAAAAACAGCGGUCGCGUCGCCCCUCAGACGGAAGAGGGUCCCGAUCUGAAACUGAAGGUACCCACGUACUGCCACGAGGGGAAGGACGGUCAGAGGCCGAAGACGCCCGAGGCGAAGAACGACUUGGCGAGCGACGGAUGUUCGACCGCGUGCUCAUUAGGACACGGCAAGGCGUCCUCGGUCUCCGACUCCUCCCGCCUGACGGGAAGAACGGAGGCUUCCACGUCGGAGCCUGUGGCGCAGACUUUGAAGCGCGAAGCGAAAGACGCGGAUGCGGUUUCCGCGGAGGAGGACUUAGACAAUAAGACCCUCCUGGGUUCCCGGACAGAUGCUUCAGAGCCUCAGGACAGUGCACUCGCGGUCGAAAGCGACGGAGGAGACUCUUCCGGGAGAGGCACUCCCGACGACGCAACAGCAGGACGGAAGCUGAGGGGCGGGUCGCCUACACUGUCUCGGCCGGAGUCAUCUGGCACCGGCGAGACGUCUUCGCCUCUGGAGAAUUUGGGGAACAGUCUGUCCUCGCCGGACUCUGCGUGUCAACUCGAUGGGGAGGGACUAAAAGGUACCACCCAGCAGCACAUUGUCGACCUGUUCAUGCAGUUUGUGAAGCAGUGUCAGGAACCCGCGCCCGGCGAGGCGCAAGGGGAGACCGAUCUCCACGCGAUAUCCUCAGCCGAUGUCGCUGGCGGUCGCCUGUGGCGCUCCGCGGUUCAGCGCGACGACGACGGAAGCUGUGAUGGAAACCGAGAGGCUUUGAGUCUCUUGUCGGCUGCGGCAGAGGGCUUGAGUUCGUCGAAGAGAAAGGAAGUCGAAGCUCUUGCCUUGCACAGUCGGGGUGUCGAAGCUGGUUCCCGCACUCGAGGGCCCGGCGCGGAGGUGCGCCCGGUCCAGUGUACGGACACCGCAGAGCGGAGUGCCUCGCCUCAGACCCGCAAGGUCAACUCUGCCAAUGGCGACCUUCCAUCGGGACCAAGAGCGGGGCUAGUCUCGGACCCCCGAAGUGCUGAAGACGAGGACUUUUGUGGAAGCAAGACAGGGCUGACCCGGGAGGAGGCGGACACCUGGUCAGGCCCUGAGGUGGGCCGCCUCACAGGUGAGGCCUCCGAGCUCGACCUUCGCGCUCUCAGUGAGUAUUUGUUCCGCGCAGGGGCGUUGGAUGUGGAUCCGCAGGAGAGCGGCUCUGGGGAUCCAUUUGCCAAGGGGUUUUCCCCGCGCACACAACGCCUGGACUUUGACUCUGCCGGGACGCCUCAGGCGCCUCGGCCCCGCAGCGCGUCCUUGGAAGACAGCGCGAGCUUAGAGUUGGACAAGUCGGCUCAAGACGCGCUGCUCUCGUCGCUCGUAUCGCGGUUUCCAAACCUGCAGCAGCAGCUCCUGGCGAAGGAGGAAUCUCAUGAGGACGAGGCGCCAGGCGACGCGGUCGCAAACAAUCCCACAUACAGACAGCUUGUGGGCCACAAGGCCCAGAUGCACAGCGCUUUCCCCCUUCUGGACCGCGACGCGCGCAUGCGCCCCGAAGAAUGUCCCGGCCCGCGCGGUCGCGGCAUCCAGGCGUUGGGGAAGCGGCGACGUGGGGUCGAGGGAGCGUGCUCGGGGCGCCGAGGCAAGUCCAGUGCUCGGAGUGAAGUCGAGGACAGCGCCGACGAGCGACAAGCCAGCAAGAAGCGCGGGCGAGGCCCUGUCGACGAAGACGAAGAGUCUAGUCCCGGAGACGAGGGAGAAGACGCAAAGCGCGUCCGGCCUGUCGGUCGCGGAAGAAAGCAGACAGGCGCGAGUCCGAGAAACACGAACAAGGCGAGGAGAACGCGCGAGAAGGGCGCAGCCAGGCGAGGCACGGGCGCGACAGAGCCGAGGAGGAACGAUGAGGCAGGCGAGUUCAACGGCCCCGAUGCGGCAGCCAACCAGGCGCCCUUUGGGUUUACGAAGCGCGAGGAGGCGCAGCAGGGCCUCCAGGAUUCUCCUGGGCUUCCUCCUCGCAACGCGGAGCCCGGAAAUUCGAGACGGGAACGAGCGGCAUGUCGGAGCACGAGCAAUAGGCUGGGGCAAGCGCGGGGGGACCGCGAAGAGCUGCCCGGCACGGCAGACAGUGACCUGGAGCUCGAUCCAGAGGGCGACGACGAAAGCGGAGCAAACACUCUGAUUAUUGGGGAAGAUGAGUCGCUCAGCGAGCAACAAGUCGCUCUCCUCAAGCACAUCUGCGAGGUGCUGAGCAAAGCCGAGGAGUACUUCAGCUUCAAGUCCGCGCUCUACCAGCUGCACAUCAAGAGACACCUGAAGAGCUGCGUCUGCUCUUCGGGCGGAAACAACGCGCAAAACAGCACCAAGGCCAUCCGGCUCUUCCCUUUCAUGCCAGCUGUGCCCAUCAACGGCGUGGAGCAGCGCGCCCUGCUCGGACUCCGCAAGCGCCUCGAGGCUGGCGGCAGCUCCGUCCUCGUUCCUGGAGGCCCUGGUCAACAAAUUAUGGAGGAAGUGGACGAACUUCUCACUUCUCUCAUCAAUAAGCUCCUGCUGAUCAUUGUGGUCAAGUACCAGACGUGUUUCAUUCACGCGCCGGCGCGUGCGCAGCUGCGUGAGUUCCUGGUUUCCUUCGUUUUUCCUGGAGACCCCGCGACGCAGAUGCUCUUUCGCGACCACGUCCAGGCCGUGGUCCACGCCCGCAUCAGACACUUUCGAGAUUCGGUUGGACGAACUCUGCGCCAGAACCAGCCGACCAGCCGUCGUCGAUGCUUCGCGGGGGACUCCGGCGGGCUGGAAGGCUGGGGCGCAGGUGAGACCGAGGUGAACGUUUCGGGCAGGUCAGGCGCCUCCGCCUUCUCGAACAAAAGCGUGAGUCCAGAGAGUCCUCGCCGCCGCGUUGCUCCGGCGCUUGCGGGGCGAACUGGCGACAACCGGGAACGCCUAGAGGAAGAAGAACGCGGAAGCCGAAGACGCGACUUCGGCGCGUGCGCCGCAGACUUCCUCCCCAGCGCCACCGCCGCACAAGCCGCUGCGCGCAACAGAAGUCGGGCUCUGGGAACUGCCGAAUCUUUUUCGCGGCGCGCGCGAGAGGAUUCGCAGAACAGCCAGCUCAGUCGCCUGCGUCUGGAGAACCAGCUGAGCUCGGUCCCGUCUGAGGACGAACAUCUCUGGAACGCAGGCGAGUUUUCAGAGCGGCGCCACGCAGUUGAAGCCCGCGAUGGAAUGGUUCCGAACCCCUCUCGCAGGGGCCGGAGGACCGACGGCGGCUUCGUCUUUGACGAGCACGAGUGGCCGGAAACACAUGGGAAGUCGCGCGAGCAGCUGCUCGAGCAUCUACAGCAAACUCUGCUGGUGGCCGCCGGCAGAAACGGCCGAGACGAAGGUCUUUCUUCGCUCCCCUGGGACGCUCAGAGGCAGCUUGAACAGCUUCUCCAUAGCGCUGCGGACGCGCCCGGCCAUCUCGCGGCGUGUGGCCAGGAAGACCUCAGAGAGUGGCGAGGAAGCUCCAGUGGGUCUACCUUCGAGGAAGAAAACCAGCCUGCUGCGCGCACCCGAAGUCACCAGAACGGCCAAGACGAAAGAAACGCAUUCGGUCCAGAACUCGCCGAGAGCGAGGAACUUCCCCACAUCUACAGGGCGUCCUCCCGCUCCAAAGGUGGCAGCUCCCACGGUCCCAACCACCCCAGGCACCUCUUCCACAACUUCGCGGCCGAAAGCGUCGGAGCGAAGGAUGCACGGUACGCAGUCGGAACCAGAAAGGGCAGAGUCCGAGAUGAAGAGGUCGCACUCGCCGGAAGAAGUGCCAGGGGAGCGAACAAAGUGUAGGCGAACCCCGCGAAAGUGUGAAGGCCCAGCCGAAGUGGGACAAACGGAUGAUUUCCCUUAGGCUCGCAUGGGCCUCAGACGGUGUCAUCGUCUCCGUUUGAAUAGUGCCGGCGACGGACAGUGCAACGGCACACGCAAAACUGUGUUUGCUCUUGUGACUACUCGGAGGCCAAUCUGCAAACACAUGUUCGACGAGGAAACGACGUUAGUUGUCGUCGUUAGUCGAACGGAACUGGGUAAUCCAGUCACAGGUCCCUACGGUCCCUGAGGAACUAAGAGGGCGGAAGUCUUGUGCCCGAAAAAAAGUUGUUGAGGGGAAAAUCAACUAAUUAGCGAUGACGGAUCGACUGUCGUUUUACUUGUAGAAUUCUUACAUUGUUAUUGAACCUUUUUUUCCCUGUUGAAGUAGACGCCGCCCACAAAGUGUAUCGUCAUCCCACAGAAAGCGGUUCCUGGCAAAGUAUAGAGCCACUAUGCUAGUUUGUGAAUUGGCAUAUAUUGUCGGACUUUGUCUUGUCACAAACUUUCAUCCAAUUAUGAAUAUAUGCAUAUGGAGAAGCGGCUUAGGAAUUCGGUGUGUGCGAACCGUCCGCGCAUAUCUCUGCACAAAUCUAAACGGCAACGUUUGGGCCCUUGAACUCGACCGUACCAAAGUCUUGCCCGAGGAACACACAAUAGGGGCAUCCAACUGUGAAAUUCAACAGGGCUUUUUG